AUGGCCCAAGCUUUCCCCAUCCAUCUGCCACGGCAGCGGGAGCUAAUCGCCGCCUGGGUAAUCCUGCCUAUGCUAUCAACGAUUAUAGUAGGGCUUCGGUUUUUCGCCAAGACGAAGACGAGAGGCCUGUAUGGCUGGACUGACUGGAUGAUUAUAAUAUCCGCUUUCUUCACAAACCUCUUUUUCGUUCUGGUUCUUCUGAUGCUUGUAUACGGAGGCAUCGGCAUCCCUGGAUACCCAUAUACUAGUACGACAGAGCCGACCGACGUUUCAUUAAUCCACGAUAAGAUCGGAUGGGUCAACAACAUAGUCCUCGUGUUCGCAGUUUACACGUGCAAAGCCUCGAUCCUAUUCCUUUACCAUCGUGUCUUCAUGGGCCACAACGGGCCAAUAAACAUUAUAAUCUACGCGGCAUCAGUCGUAACCAUGAUCUGCUUCUUGGGAAGUGUCAUUGGCUACCUCGCAGCCGUACAGCCUAUCGACAAGUGGUGGAAUUGGGGCGAUGCCACGGCGGCACAGUUCCUGGCUUUCCAGAAUACCAACAUCGCCUACGACAGCCUGACGGUUUUUACCGACUUCUUGAUUUUUCUACUCCCGCUCAAGUCCAUCUGGGGACUGAAUAUGAACCGUGGGAAGAAGAUUGGUAUUAUUGUAUCCUUUUGCUUCGGUUUUGUCACCUGUUUUAUUGCUCUUGCCCGUGUCGUCUUCACACAUGGGUACCAAUGGAAGAAUCUAUAUGACGAGGGAACCGUGUGGACCCUCGCAGGCGUUGAGCCAGUCGCAGGAAUUAUCUGCGCAUGCCUACCUGGGCUACGUCCACUAUUGCCCAAGACCUUCAAGAUGUCAUCUUAUGGCACUCCUGCAAAUCCCAGCAGAUUCAAGACUACUGGUACUACAGCGACAGAUAUCGCUAAAAGGAGUACCAUCAGGGAUCCUAACCCAUUCGCGGUCUUGGAGGAUAACAGCUCGGUAGCGGAAUUCCGACAUACCGUCAGAGAGGUCCCUUCGAGAUCUGAGAUAAGCGAUGAGUAUAUCGAGCUCGAAGAGCGGCGACCCAAGGCUUUUGAUACCUAG